AUGCGGCCGCAAUUGCUCCGUGCGGCCGCUCGUUCGAGACAGGUCGCUAGGGUCAAUUAUCCCAGGACCUUUGCAACAACUACGCGGCGGGGAGCCGAGGUGGAACUGACGAUCGCGGGAUCGGCCCUUAUUCAGGCCUGUGAGAAAGCCGGUGUAACUAUUCCAAGAUACUGCUACCAUGAGAAGUUGAUGAUUGCAGGGAACUGCCGUAUGUGUUUGGUUGAGGUGGAGAAAGCUCCCAAGCCUGUGGCAUCAUGUGCCUGGCCUGUACAACCCGGCAUGGUUGUCAAGACGAACUCGCCCUUAACGCACAAGGCCCGGGAGGGUGUCAUGGAAUUUUUACUUGCAAAUCACCCCCUUGACUGCCCGAUCUGUGAUCAGGGAGGGGAGUGCGAUCUACAAGAUCAGUCGAUGCGCUACGGUGCCGAUCGUGGCCGAUUCCAUGAGGUCGGGGGCAAGCGUGCGGUAGAGGAAAAGAACAUUGGGCCCUUGAUCAAAACAUCGAUGAACAGGUGCAUUCAUUGCACUCGCUGUGUCCGAUUCAUGAACGAUAUUGCUGGCGCUCCGGAGCUUGGAACUACCGGGAGAGGGAACGACAUGCAAAUCGGAACAUACUUGGAGAAGAAUCUUGACUCUGAACUCUCGGGUAAUAUCAUCGACCUCUGCCCCGUGGGUGCACUGACAUCAAAACCAUAUGCCUUCCGAGCUCGUCCCUGGGAAUUGCGUCAUACCGAAUCCAUCGAUGUCCUUGAUGCCCUGGGUUCUAACAUCCGUGUGGACACAAGAGGCAUGGAAGUGAUGCGGAUACUCCCUAGACUCAAUGAUGAUAUCAACGAAGAAUGGAUCAAUGACAAAACUCGAUUUGCGUGUGACGGAUUGAAGACCCAGAGGCUUACGACGCCACUUAUUCGCAGAGAAGGCAAAUUUGCUCCCGCAACUUGGGAGCAGGCUCUGACUGAGAUUGCAUCUGCCUAUGAGAAAUUGAGUCCGAAAGCAAACGAGUUCAAGGCCGUGGCUGGUCAUCUUGUUGAAACUGAAUCCCUCGUUGCGAUGAAAGAUCUAGCCAACAGGCUAGGUUCCGACAACCUUGCGCUUGACCAGCCUGGAGGCAGCUCGCCAAUUGCCCACGGUGUCGACGUGCGAUCAAACUACCUUUUCAAUUCUAAGAUCGUCGGAAUUGAGGAGGCAGAUGUUCUCCUUCUGGUCGGAACAAACCCUCGCCAUGAGGCUGCCGUCCUAAACGCGCGGAUCCGUAAACAGUGGCUGCGCUCUGAUCUGGAGAUUGCGCUUGUUGGCGAGACUUUCGACAGCACGUUCGAGUUUGAACAUCUCGGAAAUGAUCUUUCCAGCCUAAAGAAUGCUCUCUCUGGCGAGUUUGGAAAGAAGCUGGCCUCGGCCAAGCGACCGAUGAUAAUUGUUGGUAGCGCUGCCGCUGAGCAUACCGACGCAAAGGCAAUCUUCGAAACGGUGGGAAGCUUUGUCGAAAAACAUGCUUCAAAUUUCAACACCGCCGAGUGGCAGGGUUACAACGUGCUCCAGCGUGCAGCUUCUCGGGCAGGAGCCUACGAAGUGGGCUUCACCACACCUUCUCCAGAAGUUGCCAACACAACCCCCAAGAUGGUCUGGCUGUUAGGUGCCGACGAAAUCAGUGCGAGUGACAUUCCAAAAGAUGCAUUUGUUAUCUAUCAGGGCCACCACGGAGAUCGGGGUGCCCAAUUGGCCGAUGUCGUCCUCCCAGGUGCUGCGUAUACAGAGAAGGCAGGAACCUAUGUCAACACUGAGGGACGUGUUCAGAUGACGCGUGCGGCCACUUCAUUGCCAGGGGCUGCUCGUGAAGACUGGAAGAUCAUUCGUGCUGUCAGCGAGUUCUUGGGGGUACCCCUCCCUUACGACGAUGUUGAGGCGCUCCGUGACCGUAUGGAAGAGAUCAGUCCCGUGCUUCGUCGGUAUGAUGUCGUUGAACCUACUUCUGUAAGUUCUUUGAGCAAGGUUCAGUUGGUAGAUCAGAAUAAGGGCAGCAAGCCGAGCGGAGCGCCUUUCAAGAAAGUCAUCGAAGACUUCUACUUCACCGAUUCAAUCUCUCGAAGCUCACCUACGAUGGCACGCUGCUCCGCUGCCAAGGCUACCGGUAACCCCGAGACAAAUUUCAUGGCCCCGGGUGAACUGUCUCCUCAGGCAAUGUUUGGCUGA